AUGAGCGGAACAGGAGUACUCGUCUUCUUGCUGUUAUGUUUGCUAGCAUUUCUUAUUUAUCGGCUCGUGCGUCGAGUCAAAAAGCAAGCCGAAAAGCUCAAAGCUCAAGAGCAGGCCAUCCAGUUGGUUCGUCUGGAAAUCUCACGAACAGCAGCAGCAGCAACCCAAACCGAGCCACCUUUCGAUCCCAACGCUACUGAGAUCCCAAUCACUGAGCCUCCGCCUGUGUACAAUCCAUCUACACCGCAGCCAGCUUCGAUUUCAUGCUCGCAGAGUGCAGCCAACGAGGGCGGCGCUCAGCGCUAA